AAAACCUAACUAAUUCCAACAACAUAAACUUAUUCUUAAAUCUUAAACCAUUGAAUAAAUAAGGAAUUUACCUACACCUCACCCCAUUAUUCUCCCACUCCCUCAACCCACCAAUUCAUGUCUUCCGCCGGCGCCACCGUCACGGUUGUGGAGCGCUGCGCCAUUUCCCCUCCGCCGCGCUCCACUCCUCCGGCGACUCUCCCACUCACCUUCUUCGACAUUCCCUGGCUCUUCUUCUCCCCAUCUCAGCCCAUUUUCUUCUUCGCCUCCGCCUCCGCAGCCGCUGUGCCAAAGCUCAAGCACUCUCUCUCUCUAGCCCUCACCCACUUCUUCCCCCUCGCCGGAAAAUUGGUCGUCCCCGCUUCCCACUCCGCCGAACCCCGCCUCGAGUAUAAUGAGACGGACUCCGUUCUCCUGAUCGUAGCCGCGGCGGUGGAUGGCGGCGUGUUCAAGAAUCUCGCCGGAAACCACCGCCGGAGCGGCUGCGAUUGCCGGCGCCUGGUGCCGGAAAUGGGCGGCGGAGAUGGUCCGGUUUUGGCUGUUCAAAUCACUGUUUUCCCCGAAAUGGGAAUUAGCAUUGGAUUCGCGCUGCGAAAUGCGGGUGCGGAUUGGAGAACGUUCAAUAAUUUCUUGAAAGAGUGGGCUUGGAUCUGCAAAAAUGGCGCCGGCGGGAGACACGUGGCGUCCCAUGAUAGGUCAGUGAUCCUUGACACUAGUGGGCUGAGGUCAUUUUUCUUGACUGAGUAUCGGAAAUUGAAAAAUAAUAUAAAAUCAUUGAACGUGGGUUGUAAUUAUAAAAGAAAUGACAUCGUAAGAGCUACAUUUGUUUUGGGUCCAAAAGAAAUGGGAGAGAUAAAGAAAUGGAUCCUGACGCGGUCGGAUCUGCUAUUCGGGUCGACGACCCAGAUGCUUCUGUCGCCGUAUGUGGUGGCAUGCGCUUUUAUAUGGGUGUGCUGGAUGAAGACGCAUUGGGGGAUGGAAGUGAGUGUGAGGCGGCGCAUUGGAGAGGUUCAUUAUUUCGGUUUUAUAGCGGGCGGGUUGACCCGAUUGCCAUUUGCGGUGCCUAGUAAUUAUGCGGGUAAUUGUGUGGGGUUCGGUCGGUCGGAAGGUAGGAGAGGGGAGUUGGUGGGUGAAGACGGUGUUGUUCAUGCUGCCAAGGCGAUCGGGGAUACGGUGAAGAAGUUGAAUGUGGAUAUGUUGGGUGGAGCCAGAAAUUGGAUCUCCGAGUGGGAGCAGUUGCGGGAGUCGGAGCUCCAUAUUACGGUCAGUGGAUCCCCCAAAUUGGACUUGUAUGAUCUCGAUUUCGGAUGGGGAAAACCACUCAAGUUUGAAGAAGUGUCGAUUGAUAAUCAUAACGCUAUCUCUCUGAGCCAAAGUAGAGAGGUGAUUGGUGGUAUUGAAAUUGGGGUCGCUUUGCCUCCUCUUCAAAUGGAUGCUUUCACCACUUUCUUUAAUAAGGUAUGAAUCACAUCUUUCUAUAACUACUCAAUCCCAAUCGAUUAUAAAUAAACAUGUCCUAGUAAUAAAGUCAAAUUUGAGAUACUGUACAAUGUAAAAAAAUACUAUCUGAUUUAUGUCUGAGGACAGCUGCAAUCUUUGUUAUUUAUUGCAUGUGAUUUCUUUUCUA